AACGACGGCAAAAGAGGACAACCAACCAAACCAAACCAUGUCGUUUGUGUUGCCUGAGCCCUUUCGCACCAUCGAUGGGCUUGUGAAGCGGAUGUUUGAGGCGGCCUGGAAGGAGAUCUUGAUUCGCGAGGAGCUGCAAGCUAUUAAAGGCGACAACUUUAUCCACGCUCAAGAGGGGUGGGAGCAGCAACAGCUGCCGGCAGACGCGCAGGUGUGCUUUGGGAGAAUAUGGACUCGUUCAGAGUCCGUACUGGGGCCCGAACACAACAAACAGCCCAAGAAGAAGCCGAAUGCAGCGGUGGCAUUCCCCGCACCGGCGCCGCAUGUCAGCGGCCGCAGCGCCGGGGCACUGCUGAUCGGCGCUCCUAUCAAGCACGGCAGUGGCGAUACGGAUGGCUCGGGUCGCCUUGAUUGGCAAGUGGUGAUGGAGCUGCCGCCGCGAGCACGAGGGCUGCCGUGUUUUGCACUCCUUCCAUUGCGACAGCGACGGCGUGUGCAGCCGCACCAAGGCCGGGAUGCAGAUCAGCACAUGCAUCCCAGCACCAGUGCAGAGGAUGGCGAAGACGCCCAGCAACCAACUGGGGCUGAUUUGGUGCUGUUCGUCUACCACCCAACCACCCAUGUGUACAUGUGCCUGCAAGCACCGCCGCCGCCACCGCCGACAGCAAAGCAAACACAGCAAGCACAACACCACAACAUGAAGAGCAUCAUUGUUGACCAGGGCGUUCUGCCGGUGCCCCAUGGCGGCGGCAGCAUCACCGAUGUGGUGCCACUGCUAUCGCGAGCGGAGCAUGCCCACCUCUUCCCUCGACCGCAGCCAGCGCAACUGUCGUCAGGCACACCUGCAUCGACAGCUGCGACCACACCGCUGCCACAAGCGCAGAGCGCAGCAAGCACCAGCACAACUGCGAUGGGUGGUAGCAGCAGCAGCAGCACCUACAUCGCUGACGACGACAAUGAUGCCUCGCGUGUGCUCACGCAUGUUGCUGUGAGCUGCGACGGCCACUUUGUUCUGUUUGAUGCGUGUUCAUGGCUGAGUGCGUCGCGAGCGAAGGGGAAAGGGCGACCGAAGAGCCGAGCAACACCGGCGCUGCAGCUGCUGCAUCUUAUUGGCUCCAUCGCCACAAAGCAGAAGGCCUUCUCCGCCAUUCAGGACGACCACAACCAGCAAGUCUUCCUGGCCGAGCUUGGGCGCGCACGUCUCUCCGUCGUCUCUCUCACAGCCAAAGCAUCAUCCACAGCAGCGCUGAAGGACCGGCCAAUUCUGCUGUCUGGGAGCGUGACGAGCGUCGGACAUAUUGACGGUGUCCUUCUGUUUGGUCUCAGCAACGGAAACGUCUCCGUCUUCACCCUCGCCGCAUCGAUGAAGGGCGUUGCUGACCGCUGCGUUCUCAUCGAGUGCCCGCCGCCGCCAGAGGGCCGGGAGUGGGAGGACAUGUCAUGGGAGGAUGGAGAGCUGCUGCUUUCGUGCACAGACAACGGCCUCACGCACGUGUGCUCACUCGUUGCAGGCACAGUGCCGUGA